CUUUUUACCGACUUAUGACACUUUUAAGUCAGAAUUUAACGUGUGGAUGGAAAAAUGGAAAUCAGUACCCGAUAAAGAACUCCCAAAAUCUGCAAUCGAUACUCUAAGCGCUAUGUCGAAGGACCUUUAUCCAAACAUUUGGUGUUUACUAUCCAUACUUGCAACACUCCCAGUGUCGACUUCGUCAGCAGAACGUACUUUUUCAACUUUAAGACGAUUAAAAAACUAUUUGAGGAAUAGCUUCAGCGAUGAUCGUCUAACAGGUUUAGCUUUAUUGUCAGUCCACCGGAGUAUCUUAAUAAAUAUUGAAGAAAUAAUCAAUACUUUUUCCAAAAUGCCACGCAAGGUUGANUUUAACCCCCCCCCCCCGAAAAUUGAUCCUGAAUACGUGCUUACAUAUCAUGAUAAUAAUUCACAGUCAUUAAAGGUGUAA